GGUGCUCAACAACAGCUGCUUUACCAGAAACCAGAACAGAAGGCGUCAAAGUUGGCGAUGUGACAAAUACGCGAACUAAACCUGUGGGGUUUAAUAGUUGAGUGUGUGUCUGAGGGUGUGCGCGUCCCUCGGCUUGCCCAUGGUGUUGCUUUGACGUGUGGUGCAGUCUCUUCACAGCAACAAUCCUUCUUUUCCUGCCAUCAUCCUGCCUGCACAGGAGCACCAUGGCAAUGUGGAUCCAGGCCCAGCAGCUGCAGGGGGAGGCACUGCACCAGAUGCAGGCGCUGUAUGGCCAGCACUUCCCCAUUGAGGUGCGACACUAUCUGGCCCAGUGGAUUGAGAGCCAGCUCUGGGAUUCGGUGGAUUUAGAUAGCCCAGCAGAGGAAGCCAAAGCCAAGCGUCUGCUGGACAAUUUGGUGGCAGAGCUGCAGAGGAAAGCCCAGCUUCAGGGAGGAGAAGAUGGCUUUCUGCUCAAAAUCAAGCUAGGCCACUAUGCCACCCAGCUCAAGAGCACUUAUGACCGUUGUCCUCUGGAGCUGGUCCGCUGCAUUAAACACAUUCUGCACUCAGAGCAGCGGUUGGUUCAAGAAGCCACAAAUGCCAGCUGUGAGACUGCGGGCCAGGCUAUGGACAGCCUGUCACAGCGGCACCAGCAGAUCAACCAGGCCUUUGAGGAACUCCGCCUGGCAACACAGGAGACUGAGAAUGAACUGAGAAAGCUGCAGCACAGCCAGGAGUACUUUAUCAUCCAGUACCAGGAGAACCUGCGCAUCCAGGCCCAGCUGAGCAGCCUGUCAUCACUGCCUCCAGCUGAGCGCACUCAGCGGGAGACCACCUUACAGAACAAGAGGUCCACUGUGGAGGCCUGGCUCACAAGAGAGGCCAGCACACUACAGAAAUACAGGCUUGACCUUUCAGAGCAACACCUGAAGACCCUGGGCUUGUUGAGGAAGCAGCAGACUCUAAUCCUUGAUGAGGAGCUCAUCCAGUGGAAGAGGAGGCAGCAGCUUGCUGGAAACGGUGGCCCUCACGAGGGCGGACUAGAUGUCCUCCAGUCAUGGUGUGAGAAGCUGGCUGAUCUGAUCUGGCAGAAUCGGCAGCAGAUCCGGCGCUGUGAACAUCUAACCCAGCAGCUUCCCUUGCCGGGCCCAAUGGAGGAGCUGCUGAGCAAGCUCAACAGUGACAUCACUGAUAUCAUCUCUGCGUUGGUUACUAGCACCUUCAUCAUUGAAAAGCAGCCUCCCCAGGUGUUAAAGACGCAGACCAAGUUUGCCGCCACUGUGCGCCUUCUGGUGGGUGGAAAACUCAACGUCCACAUGAACCCACCGAUGGUCAAGGCCGUCAUUGUCAGCGAGCAGCAGGCCAAAGCUCUGCUAAAGAAUGAGAGCACACAUAGUGAAAGCAGUGGAGAAAUUCUUAACAACAACUGUGUGAUGGAGUAUCACCAGGCCACUGGAACCCUCAGUGCACACUUCAGAAACAUGUCUCUGAAACGGAUCAAGCGUUCUGACCGUCGUGGCGCAGAGUCAGUUACGGAGGAGAAGUUUACAGUUCUGUUUGAAUCCCAGUUCAGUGUCGGCGGAAACGAGCUCGUCUUCCAUGUCAAAACCCUGUCACUGCCUGUCGUAGUGAUUGUCCACGGCAGUCAGGACAACAAUGCCACAGCUACAGUGCUGUGGGACAAUGCCUUUGCUGAGCCGGGCAGGGUGCCAUUCAUUGUGCCUGACAAGGUGCUGUGGCCCCAGCUGUGUGAGGCCCUCGAUAUGAAGUACAAGGCAGAGAUGCACAGUGGGCGUGGCCUGUCAGACGACAACCUGGUCUUCCUGGCACAGAAGGCAUUUUCAAGUAGCAGUAACAACCCAGAGGAUUACAAAAGCAUGACCAUUUCCUGGGCCCAGUUCAACAGGGAGAGCUUACCUGGACGCAGCUUCACUUUCUGGCAGUGGUUUGAUGGAGUUGUAGAGCUCAUGAAGAAGCAUCUCAAGCCGCACUGGAAUGAUGGGGCCAUCCUGGGCUUUGUAAACAAGCAGCAGGCUCAGGACAUGUUGCUGUCCAAACCCAACGGCACCUUCCUGCUGCGAUUCAGUGACUCUGAGAUUGGAGGCAUCACCAUCGCCUGGGUGGCUGAGAAUCCCAACAAACCAGGGGAGAGGCUGGUGUGGAAUCUGUUGCCUUACACUACCAAGGAUUUCUCCAUCCGCUCCCUGGCUGAUCGCAUCAGUGACCUGAACCACCUCUUGUUUCUUUACCCUGACCGGCCCAAAGAUGAGGUUUUUGCCAAGUACUACACUCCUCCGCUCUCAAAAGCAGUGGAUGGAUACGUGAAACCACAGAUCAAACAAGUUGUGCCAGAAUUUACCACCCCAAACCCUGAACCCAGCGGAUCAACUCCAUCAUUCAUGGACCAGACAGCGUCUUCCUCUGUGAGCCACCCCAACAACUUCACGGUUUUCCCUCCCAUGAGCGACACCAUGUUAGAUCCAGAUGGAGACUUUGACCUAGAGGACACGAUGGACGUGGCCCGCCACGUGGAGGAGCUGCUCCGCAGGCCCAUGGCUAACCAGUGGAGCAGCCAGCAGUCUUGAACCUGCUACUCAACGUCAGGUCUUCUUUGUCCUAUCCAACAGAAACACCCACACCUGUAAUACUAUCUGAACUGCAACCAGGGCAACACAUGUUCUGUAUCUUGGGUCAUUUUGACAGAUUCACUUUAUAAUUCUCCACUGACCACAAGUUGUAGGUGCCUGUAGAAGAGCUGGACAGUUGUGGUUAUGAAGAGGCGACUAAGGGCGCUUUCACACCAGGAUAGUUCAGGGGUCUCAAAAACUUUCACAGCUUCGUUUAGUUUAGUUCGCUUUCACACUGCAACUUUUGUAAGCGGACCGAACCGCAUGGAUAACUUCACACAGUUACAACAGCUGCUUGCCAGAAAUGAGCACCAGAAGUUGCCCAGUAUGAGCAGCAGGUGAGGCAGCGAGCUGUCAAUCAUGUUGCUCUGUACAUGGGACGAAUGCAGCAGCACCAAAAACAACGUGCCAAGCAGGGAUUUAGAAGAUUUCAGAUCACAUAAAUGUCAUAAAUCAUUUCAUACACUCCCUCUCUUUGGUUCACUGGAUAGUCCGUUUGCCUUUCCCACUGUAAGAGAGGCCCACAUUUUCAGGUGGACCAGCCUUGUGUGGUCCACACCAGAGUUGGAGACAAAUUCUGGUCCUUUUUGAAGCGGACCAAACAGCUCCGGUGUGAGAGCGCCCCCUGUCUCUCUGUAGAUAGUUAACCUGCUUUACAAAGUCAGUGUUACAGGUAUUUGACAGAGGCACGUCGUCUUAAUGUCCUCUCAAAUGUAUCAUAGUUUCUCAGGGUGGUCAGGUGGCGAUGUUUUGGGUCAAUGGGAUUUUUAUAUAAAACUGAGACAUACAGUUAGUUUAUAUGUAAGCUUUGCAAUCAUAUGUGCCUGAUGAGCUUCUAGCACCAUAAACAUGUCUACGUUGCUUCUAUUCAAAUUCUUGCCAUUUUACACAUAGUUGUAAA